AUGAGAGCUGUGUUCGUGUUCCUGGCGUUGGUGCUUGUCGCCACUCUAAUCGACGCCAAAAAACAAAGUGUAACUGUCAAAGGUGUUACCGUCUGCAAUAAGAAGCGACUUGCCGAUGCCACUGUGGAACUAUGGGAGAGAGAUCGACUUGACCCCAAUGAUUUGUUGAUGACGAUGAAAACCAAGAAAGACGGCGAAUUUCUCGUAAAAGGUGAAGAAGACGAAGUUGGAGGAAUUGAACCAUUCCUCAGAAUCACCCACACAUGCAACGUCAAGAAACCGGGUUGCAAACGAAUUUCCGAGUACGAGAUUCCCAAGAAGUUUAUCAACGGCGUCUACGAUAUGACGUAUGUGACCCUGGACAUUAUUUCAGCUGUCGACAAAGAGAAGUGCUAA